AAAUUGGACGCUCAAGCUUUUGUUGGGAUUAAAAGUCUUCGCUACCUAGACUUGUCGGAAACAUCAAUCCAGAAUCUGCCUACAGCCGGUCUCGAAGAACUGGACGUUUUGAAAAUCGAAAAAACGUACACUAUGAAUGUUUUCCCGUCCAUCUACAACUUCAAGAAUAUUAAAGAAGCAUGGUUGACAUAUCCGUAUCACUGUUGUGCUUUCCAUUUUCCCAAAACGCACAACCCGCAAGGAUACGCAGAUCAUGAGAAACUCAAACAAAAAAUGUUUCACGAAUGCAAAAGUAUACCAUUUAUAGACCCGAUUUCUACGGUAAAAACAAUGCAUUCAACAACGGAGAAUUUCRUUGGCGAUGAAAUGUUUCAUACGGGCGACGUGACAGUCGGCACUAAAGUUGACGUGGUUUGCGGUAACGUGUCGAAAAACUAUCUGGAAGUCAAGUGCUACCCGCCGCCGGAUGCGUUCAACCCGUGCGAGGAUCUGAUGGGAAACUGGACUCUGCGCGUGGCCGUGUGGAUCGUGGCCGUGGCCGCCCUGCUGGGCAACAUGGCCGUUCUGUUUGUGUUGCUCAGCAGUAGGUUCCGGUUGACUGUGCCCAAGUUCCUCAUGUGCAACUUGGCCAUGGCCGACUUUUGCAUGGGUCUCUACCUGUUGCUAAUCGCCGUUAUGGACGCCCGAUCGAUCGGACACUACUUCAAUCACGCCAUAUUCUGGCAGAGAGGUAAUCAGCUAACAAAAAUUAAUUCUUACAUUUGUCUACCCAUGGAGAACUCGACGUUCGCGGACAAAGUGUACCUGUUCUCCUUGCUGACGUUCAACGGCGUUGCGUUCGUGGUGAUAUGCGGCUGCUACGCCAAGAUGUACGCGUCGAUCAGGGGCGGCCGCGAGGCGGUGGCGUCCGUGGCCCGGUCUGACAUGACGGUGGCCAAGCGCAUGGCCCUGCUGGUGUUCACCGACUUCGCGUGCUGGGCGCCGGUGGCGUUCUUCGGGCUGACCGCGCUCGCCGGUUACCCGCUCAUCGACACUCGUGUGUGUCAYCGUGACGAUCCGUAUGGACACAACAGAAAUGUGGUGAAAUACGAAUAUCGAAUACCAAAUACCGAGUGUUCGUUGGUACAAGACAUACUCGCUGUYCUCAAAACAUAA